AUGAACGGCUACGGAGGCUACAACGCAGCCGCAGGACCGAGCUCGAUGGCUCAAUACGGCCAGCCCGCACCACAACAGCACGCUUACCCCGGCCAGGCAGGCUUACCUCUGCUUCCACAGCUUGCCCAGGCUCACUCGCCCUCUUUCCCCCUGUCCACCCAGCCCGCCAACCUGUCUUACCCGCAGCCUGGCAUGGUACCUCCACCUGGACUGCCACAACAUCCCUAUGGCUAUCCUACCCCGCACCAACAGCACCAGCCGCCGCCGCGUCAACACGCAGGACUCGGCUACGGAUCGCCUGCACAAUCUCAGCCGCAAAGACCGUCGGACAAUCUGCCCAUGCACCCGGCCAUCGCCGCUGCAAAAGCUGCCCAGUCCGCCAAUCCUUCCGGACUGGACCCGCGCACUUGGCUCGGUGACAAGUUCUCACUGUACAUUGGCUCGAUAGCAGACGGCAUCUCUGACUCUACCCUCGAGCAUAUCCUCAAUGCUGCAGGACCACUGUUACAGCUCAGACGAAUCAAAGAUCCAUCGGGCAAGCCCAAGGCGUUUGGCUUUGCAGACUACAUCGACCUGUCAUCCGUCUUGCGCGCCCUUGCCCUCUUCACUGGCCUGAAGCUCUCAGGCAAAGGCGGCAACGGUGAGACGAAAGCGCUCAUGCUCAAAGCAGACACCAAUCUACGCGCCAAAUUAGACAAGUACGAGGCCGAUCUCAAGGCUCAAAAGAAGCAAGAGCUCGAGCACGACAACCUGGAGCGAGCGAGGGAUGCGCUCAAACAUGUACUGGAUCGCUUGAAGGAGGCGGGUGCUCAAGGCGGGCUGCAGUCGACAGAUGGAUCGGGAGACAUAGACCACGCUGCACGACAGGAAGCAGAGAAGCUCCGUCUGCAUAAUCACCUCCGUGAUUUAGGUCCUGAUGAUCUCCCCGAAGAGUCCAGACAAGUCAUCACGAGCGAGAUUGCCUUCUUCCGUCAGAGAGCGGCCAAGAAGGAAUUCGAUCAGAAAACGGCAGAGAUCAAGAAAUUCACGGCUGCUUCUGCUGCGCCAUCCCCCAACGUGCUCAAUAGCGGUCGACCGGCUGCGCACGACUCGCCUCGAUCUGACGGCAGGAGGGACUCGCCUCUGCCGUAUGACAGACGAGAUACGCCGAAAGAUCCCCAAUCGCUAAGCGACAAACCCGUCGCUUUCACGAGCGGCUUGUCAGACGAGGAUCAGGAGCGUAUGCGUAUCGAAGAUGAUCGAAGAGAAGCAGCAGCAGCAUACCGUCAGCGCGAAGCCAGAUGGACAAUGCAUGAGCGCAACAGAGAGGCAGCACUUGCAAAGGAGAAACAACGCGAACGGCAAGCUAUCCUUGACCAGGACCGCGAACAUGCUCAUAUGCGCGAUCGCCUCGCCCACUUUGAUGACGAUCAGGAGUCAGCCAAGGGCAGAGAGCUCUUUCUCACCGACAGAGUUCAUUGGCGUAAACUGAGAAGCGAUAUGCGAGCGCGAGAGCGAGAGCUCGAUGAGAGGGACGCUCGAGCCGAAGCGGAACAGCUCGAGGCAGUCAAGCGCGAUUCAGAGGAUUUCCUGAACAAGCAGGCCGAGAUGUUCAACAGAAUGACAGCAGGUGCGCCCGAAGACUCCGGACCUAUAAAGCUCAACUUUGCCGGUCCUACCAAACCGGACCCUAACGCAAUGGAGAUCGAUACUCCCCAAACGAAGGCGCCGACCAAGCCCAAAGAAUCUGCAUCUGUCCCCCGACUAGCCGCGCCAGCCGUUUUUGACGAUGACGAUGAUGCGACUGCAAAAAAGAAGCGAUCUCUCAUUCCGCUCGACUACAGCGAGAUUGAAGAAGCAGAGACACGCGGCAUGUCUGAAACUCAGAAGAAAGCCUGGCGAACCGAGAAACUCAAGCACAUUGUGAGCACAAUACCUGUCGAGAAAGAACCUCUCUUUGCGAUGCCGAUCAAGUGGUCCUAUGUCGACUCGGCAUUCGUGGAGAAGCUGGGAGCAUUUGUCAUUCGCAAGACUGUUGAGUACCUCGGUGUCGAGGAUGAUGAUCUCGUUUCGGCCGUCGUCGAGCACGUGAAAGCUCACAAGGCUGCACAGGCGCUCACAGACGAAUUCGAGGACAUCCUGGGAGAAGAAGCAGCAGAAUUCGUGAUGAAAAUCUAUCGAUGGAUCAUCCUGGAGACGCUCGCACGCGAAGCUAAGAUUGCCAUCUGA